AUGUCAGGCCCCUCAAGCUCCUCGUCUCCUCUAAUAUCAACCAGACGCCGUGCCUGCACGGCAUGCCAGCAAGCUAAGCGUCGUUGCGACCAGCGGCUGCCACGAUGUGGCCGGUGCACUCAAAAGGGGUUCGAGGACUGCAACUAUCCGUCCCUUGAGGCCGCUGUCGCCGCAGCAGACUUCAACUUCUUCACCGAUGUUCUCAGCGGCUCCGCGGCAACGCCGGACUCUCUGCAAAACAUCAUGCCGGUGCCAGUCGUGCCUGACACCGAGAACUCGUGGUCAAUGUUCUACAACAACAAUAACAACACGGCCGCGGGUCCGACGCCAUCACCAUCGCUGCUACCGCCGCCGAGCAGUGAAUUCGUCUCCCGAGACACCGUGACGUACUGCAGCGAGCAGUUCAGGAACUACCCCCGGCGCUGGGUCAGCCAGAAUGGCGUAGCCCCCUUUAUACAUCCGGCUCUCUACCUCCCUACGACGAACGGCGCCGACGGACUGCCGCCAGUUCUGCAAGACUGUUUCUGCGCAUGCGCAGCAUACUCAGCCAAGAACGACGAAAACGCCGCCCUCGUGCUAGGCGUCAUCGAAGCCAAGGCGACCUCCCUUCUUUACGUCCCAGAGCAGGCGACAUGGACUCUGCCACAACAGGUCGCGGCGCUACAGGCUCUCGUCAUGUAUCAGAUCAUGCGCUGGUUCGAUGGCGAUAUCCGUCAGCGCGUGCUGGCGGACUCUGUGGAGCCUGUCCUCGCAACGUGGACGUCCGCACUGCAGUCACGCGUUGGCGCGGGGGUAUUUUCGACGGAGGAAGCAAUACCCUCCGUCGUCCUCCCGGAGUCGCACAUUCCGCCACCACAGCAGUCUUCAUCGUCCUCCUCAACGUAUCAACACGAAGGCCUCUCGCCAGGCAAUUCUCGCUCCAACACGCCCGGCAGACUUGCCAAAGAGGAACUGAAGGCCGUCUGGCGCCGCUGGUUGAUGGCGGAGACGAUCCGCCGCGUGCUCGUCAUGGCACACCUCGUCCGCGCGGUAUACGCGACGGCUAAACAAGGAGGGGGCUACGGGAAGCCCCGGGGCGGCGGUGGCGGCGGCGGCGGGCAUCACCGGGCUGGGGCCCACCAUCAAAUCCUGAGCCUCUCGGACAUGAGCUUCACGGCCCAGGCGAGGUUAUGGGCAGCAACGACAGCAGAGCGGUGGAAUAGAUCGCGUGAAGGCGAUACCCCUUGGUGGGUUGGCGGGAUGGACUUUUCCGGUCUCCUGGCGCUCGCAGACCCAAGAGAUGUGGAUGAGUUUACGGUUCUGCUCGCCGUUGUGUUUCAUGAUAAAGACACCAUCGAGGACUGGAUGAAUCAUGGCCCUAAUAGCAUGUGA